AUGCGCGCCUUUAUUGUCGUAUUUCGUCUCGACCGUAAACCUCUGCCCAAGCCGAUCCCUCCCAAAGGACACGAUGCGGUAUCUUACCGAAAGGCGAGGGAAGAAAAGAAGAGAAAACAACGGGAAGAACAACAGAGAUUGGCUGUCCAGGCCAGACUGAUCGCGUCCCAGCCUCUGAUUCAGGAGGCGGUUCGAGAAGCGAGGAAGAUGCCCCUGUCAGGUACCUCAACAAGUCCAUUGAGCCCGUCGAGUCCAAGUGUUCCAGGACCAAGCUGGCCUGGCCUUCUGCAAGAGACGAUCCUUGAACACAGCGACGAAGAUGACGACGACUCUGUGUUUUGA